AUGCGGAAUUCUAAUGUUGCUUUUCUUAUUUAUCUGUUUAUUUCUGUGAUUAUUGAUGUAGAUAUUGGCAUUGUCUUGUUUUUGGACAGAACAAAAUCUUCAAUCUGUGUUGUCGCUCUUUAUGAAAGAGCUGCAGUAAGCAAAGGGUUUUUGCUUCGUAUCUUCUCUGUUUUGUCAAACUUUGCUAUGAUUCUGACUGAGCGAAAACUCACAGGCAUAGGGAUAAGCUGCAUUUGCUUCAUUGAGGCAUUAAUGUCUACUUCUCAGGUUGAAGUGAAUAUGAGAUCAUGCAGGUAUGUGCUGCAAAUUGGAGGCAUGAGUGAUGUUGGUAAGAGCAACUGGAGAUACCAGUUACAGGAUUCUCGUUGUCGCUACUGGUGCUUGGGUAUUGAAGCUGAUUCUUCUUGGUUUAAUGCAUUGCAUAUUUGUAUGUUGAAGCUUGAAGAUUACAUUAUAUGCUUAAUUGAGUUUCUUAAGCAACUUUUAGGUGGAAAUACUGUUAUUAUUGGCGGUGGCUGGUAUAAGAAUGAAAUGUGCUGCAUUUUGGUCAUAGUCAUGCUUAUCCAUGUCUGCAAAUACGUCAUUGGGAGUUGCAUAUCUGAAAAAAUACUGGCUAUCUGUGCUACGCUUGUUCCAAAGCUAAGAUUGCAGAUCAUGAGGACUGUAGAGACUAUUACAAGGGUUGUACCUGCUGAUCUGGUUGUCGUGGGAAUUGAAAUCCACUGGAAUACAAUUUUGUUUGAAAGCCAACUCUCUAUAGAGAAAGAUGGGAUCAGGGUGAAUGAAAAGAUGCAAACUAGCAACAGCCCAAUUUUAGCAGUCGGAGAAGUGGCAGCAUUCACAGUCAAUUGUUUGGUGAAAUUCAUUGCUUGA